AUGUUUAAUCAUAUCAAGCGCUUCUAUUCCUCAGCUCUCAAAAAGUACACAGAUAUGCUCAGCAGCUCUGAUUUCUUAGAAGCGUACUUGCCUCGAACCCUAAAUCACCAUUCUCAAUUAUCAAAACUGAUUGAUUUCCCUUCAAAUGAUUAUGAUAUCACCAGCAUCUCAAAAAGCAUAUGUGAGCCUUCAUAUAAUAUCCUUGAUAGAAGGGGAAAAAUGUGGAGAGGGUCUUUAUGUCUUUUAACUGCUGACAUUUUCCAGCAUGAUCCUAGAGAAAUUUUACCGCUGGCACAUUCUAUUGAAGUUAUACAUAAUGCUUCAUUAAUAUGUGAUGACAUUGAAGACAAAAGCGAAAAAAGACGAGGGCUCCCGAGUACUUAUAAAAUAUAUGGACUUGACAUUGCACUUAACUGUGGGAAUUUUAUGUAUUUUCUUCCUCUAACUCCUUUCCAUGAGGGAACAAAAACAUUUUAAGUUCACUGAGGGAGCUAAUUGUUUUCUAAAAAAAAUAUAUAUAAAAUUUUAUAGUAAUUUUUUUUCUUCAAAUUUAGGAUUUAAUUCGAAAUAAUUUCAAAACAAAUUCUAAUUUAAUUUAUAAAAAUUUAUAUUUUAAAAAACGUGAUUUGUUUUAAACUAAACAGAAAAGCUAGAGAUUUAAUUAUAAUAAUUAUCACUUAAUAUCAAAAUUUUUUUCAUAAAAAAUUUUAUAUUAAAAAAAUCUCUUGUUCGCUCAUGGAGGGAAAAAUAGAUUUUUCCAACGGUUUGCUCGCUCACGGAGGCGUGAUUAAGGAUAAUUCAUGAUCUGGCAAUUGAUAUUACACGUAAAGAAAAAAUCCUGAAAACUUAUAGUGAAGAAAUGCUUCAGCUGCAUCUAGGACAAUGCACUGAUAUAUCAUGAAAUAAUAAUAAAUUUUAUAUUCCUUCAGAAGAACAAUAUUAUCGUAUGGUUUUCAAUAAAACCUCAGUCCUCGUCCGAAUGUCAGUGAAAUUUGCAUUAAGCUAUUUCGGCCACGAUGAUGCAGUUUCUAGCGCACUUAUACAUUAUGCUGAAAAAAUAGGCGUUUCUUUUCAAAUUAUGGAUGAUAUACUAAAUCUUGUAAGCCCAGUAUAUAAAGAAGGGAGAAAUUUUUUGGGUGAAGAUAUUACAGAAGGCAAAAAAACGCUGAUAAUAAUAAGAGCUAUUUCGCAGUCUAAGAAUAAAGCUGAAAGGCUUAAUGAGAUUUUAGCUAUGCAUACAAAUGAUAUAGGAUUAGUUAAUGAGGCGCUUGAUAUAAUAAACAGCACCGAUGCAAUUGAUUAUGCCAAAAAUAUGGCGAUUAGACUGAAAGAUGAAGCUUGGGGCCCUUUGAAAGAACUUCUGCCCAAUUCAGAAGUAAAAGAGAGUUUAGAAAGUUUAAGUGAAAUGGUGUGCACAAGAGUCAAGUAA